UAUGCGGGAAUGUUUUUACAUCUUUAUUUUAUAAUUUUAGUGAUUAUUUCCUUACUCAGUUUGCAUCGUAAGACUGCUGUAGUUAUUUGCAUACCUACUCUUGAUGGUCGAUAUACUAGGGACAUUGGGAAUUUUCGACUAUCUGUCCCUUUUAAAGUGUUCAGUCAUGGCGCAUUUUCAUCCUUCGAAAUUCCUAGUUUCUACAAGCAAAAUUUCUAUAAGGAGAGAAUGAAGAGGUCCCUGGAUGAUCCUGAGAUGGUCCACUAUGCUUUACUUUUUAAAGGGCGCAAGUAUCAUGCUCAGCUUUGGCCUAACCAUCGUUUAAUGUCCCCGGAUGCCGUUUUUGAAAAGCGGAGACCUAGAUCUCGGGUGCAAGACCGAAAAUUGGCAAAGUUGAAUCAGGAGAAAAUGUGUCAUUAUACGGGAGAAAUAAAAGGAGAGGAAGGAUCCAAAGUGGCCUUAUCAACAUGCGAUGGUUUGGCAGGUUACAUUACGGUUGACGGAAGACGAUAUUUCAUCGAGCCCGUACAAGAACACGUUCCGAACGGAAACGGUCAACACCUUCACGUUAUAUACGAAAGAUAUCCGCGAGAAGAUGAAAUUCAGACGAACAGAUGUGGAACUUCCACCAAUUGGGAGGAGGCGUGGAAGAAGAGGUUUUUAGAAAAAUACCGACAAGGUGGCUAUGUAGAAAAGAGAGGAUCGGAGAGCCUUCAUAGAUACUUAGAGACGAUGGUUGUGUGCGACAAGAAAUUCCUCGAGUUCCACAAGAACAUCGAUCAAGAAACUUAUGUACUGACAAUUAUGAAUAUGGUAGCUGAUUUUUAUCACGAUCACACCAGUGGAAACAUGAUGGACGUGGUAGUCGUGAGGAUUCUGUAUCUUGACAAAGAAGAGGAGGAAAUUGACCUCGUCAUAAACCCUAAUGCUGAAGACACGCUGGCGAGUUUUUGUAAGUGGCAGCAGAAAAUCAAUCCGAAAGAUAUUUCCAACCCUAACCAUCAUGAUAUUGCGGUGUUACUGACAAGGUACGAUAUAUGUGCGGACAAUCUGUCAAACUGCGGUCUCAUGGGUCUGGCGUACGUGGCCAGCGCCUGCGACUCGAAGGAGUGUUGCGCCAUCAACGAAGACGGAGGACUCGUCCUGGGAAUCGUCGUCGCCCAUGAAAUGGGACACGUGAUGGGCUGCGCACACGAUAAGGAGGGAGAGUCGACUUGUCCAGCUCAGGAUAAAGACGAAUCUUUUUUCGUAAUGGCCCCUUACGUGCACUUGUACACCACUAGAUGGUCCACUUGCAGCAGAGGUUUCAUGACCGCUUUGUUUGAGAACGGUUUGGGAGAUUGCCUCAACGACGAGCCGGAAAUAUCUCUCUACAAAGACCGGGAUGUCUUGCCAGGAGUUGUCUACGAUGCCGAACAGCAGUGUGGGAUCUUUAUGCCCAACGCAACCCUGUGUGGAUUUGGUCAGGAGAAUAUCUGUGAGAUACUGCUUUGCGAAACAUCGCCCGACAAGUGCCAGACCAAGGAAGAACCAGCCGCUGAUGGAACUAAAUGCGGAGAAAACAAGUGGUGUUACAGAAAAGAAUGCAUCCCAAUGGGUCAGCGUCCCGAAGCUGUCAAUGGAGGAUGGGGCGAUUGGGGUACCUUCUCAGAAUGUUCCAGGAGCUGCGGUGGCGGUGUACAAAUUGCCACUAGAGAAUGUGACAAUCCCGUACCUCAACACAGAGGUCGCUAUUGUACAGGAGAACGAAAAAAAGUCAAAAUCUGUAACUUGGACCCUUGUCCUACGGGCUCUCCAUCCUUUAGAGAAGUACAAUGUAAAGAACAUAAUGAGAAACCAUUCAAUGGAAAAGUAUACCAGUGGAAGUCACACUUUAAGGAAGAUGAACCUUGUGUUUUGUACUGUAUUAACCAAGAACGUACUUUUGCUAAAUUAGAACCUAGAACCAAAGACGGAACACGAUGUAAACCUGGCACAAAAAACAUGUGUAUUUCUGGAGUCUGCAAGAAAGUAGGCUGUGACGGGGAGAUUGAUUCUAAUGCUGUUGAAGAUAUUUGUGGGGUUUGUAAUGGUGAUGGUACUCAAUGCAAAGUUGUAGAAAAAGUCUAUAAUGAACGGGGAAGAGAUUACGUCAAAGUAGCUACUAUACCUGUGGGUAGCAGGAACGUCCUUAUUGAAGAGUUGGCGCCAUCCAUGAAUACAAUUGCUAUUAGUGAUGUCAGCGGAAGCAGAUUUUUUUUGAACGGCAACCAUCGAGAAGAGCUUAAUGGUGACAAAAAGUUUGGAGAAAUCGAGGGUGUUUAUAGUCAUCCGGAACCAAAGAAGGAAAAGCUUGUCAUACAUGGCCCACUGACUGAGGAUUUAGUUUUUUUCGUAGUUUUCUACGGCCCGGACAAUCCGGGUUACCGUUACAAAUAUGCUGAACCUUCUUUGGACACCUCUUACACACCAUCGUAUCAUUGGGAGCAAAAUGACUGGGAAACCUGUACAGUUAAUUGCGGUGGAGGCAAUCGCAUUGCCAAAUGGAAUUGUGUGGAAAAAAAAACUGGAAUUGUUAGCGAUUCUUUCUGUGAAUCUCUACCAGAACACGACAUGUUGGUGGUAGGUUGCAACUGGAAACCGUGUAAAACUAAAUGGAAAGUCGGGAAAUGGGGAAAAUGCCAUGCGUGUAAGUUUAAAGCUGGCGUCCGAAUGAGAGAAGUGGAGUGUGUGAAGCAGAAUCCUCAUCCUGGGGCCGAUGACAUCCUAGUAGAGGAUAAAGAGUGCACUGAAUCCAAACCGGGAACUAGGGAAUUAUGUAAUUCGCAUAAGAAGUGUAAAAGUAAAAGAUACACAGAUGGCUUACCUGAUGACAUGAUGGAGGAUGUGUGGAAACAAAUUUAUUUUACUGGGAGAUACUCCAGGGAUGUGGAUAAAGAAGAGAGGCAAGAUAGAGCUGCCCAUAAAAGACAAUAUGAUAAAAAAUUAUGCGACGAGGAAAAUGAGAAAAAAGCAGUACAUCUUAAUGUGGGGCAAAUAGUAAAAGAUAGGAUUCCUCCAGAAGAGAUUAAAGUGAUAGAGGUGCCAUUAAAACAAUCUCAUCUGUCCCUCAAUUUAUCAGACACAGCAUUUGAAACGAUGGGAGAUCAAGCAGGAGAUAGCAUAGAUACAUCCGCAGCUAAAAUUGCCACAGGUGAAUCUGCGGCCAAGAUCCUGAAAAAUUCACAGAGGGGAAAACAGAAAGACAGAAAACGGAAAGAAAAAACUUAAGAGGAUUCCAUUAAGAAGAUUUUGUACUAUUUCCGUUAAAUUUUAUUAUAUCGUCUGUUAUAUUUUAUUAUUAAGUAAAUUUAUAUCCAUAAAUAAAUCAUUUUCCAGUGGAGCGAU